AUGCCAAGGGAAAUAAUUACGUUGCAAGUGGGGCAAUGCGGGAACCAGAUCGGAAUGGAGUUCUGGAAACAGCUAUGCCUAGAACACGGCAUUAGCAAAGAAGGCAUUCUCGAAGACUUCGCCACUCAGGGAGGUGACCGGAAAGAUGUUUUUUUCUAUCAAGCUGAUGAUCAACACUAUAUUCCACGGGCAUUACUGAUGGAUUUGGAGCCCAGGGUGAUUAAUGGUAUACAAAAUGGGGAAUACAGGAGUCUGUAUAAUCACGAGAAUGUAUUUAUUGCAGAUCAUGGAGGCGGUGCUGGAAAUAACUGGGCAAGUGGAUAUCACCAGGGUAAGCAAUAUGAGGAGGAUCUAAUGGACAUGAUCGAUAGAGAAGCGGAUGGAAGUGAUAGUCUUGAGGGUUUUGUUCUGUGCCAUUCAAUUGCUGGUGGAACAGGCUCAGGCAUGGGAUCAUACCUAUUGGAGACUCUAAACGAUCGCUACAGCAAAAAACUCGUUCAAACAUAUAGUGUAUUUCCCAACCAAAACGAGACAAGUGAUGUAGUGGUACAACCAUACAACUCCCUUCUAACGCUCAAGCGACUGACUUUGAAUGCUGACUGCGUAGUUGUUCUUGAUAAUACUGCACUUAAUAGGAUUGCUGUGGAACGCCUUCACAUCUCUACUCCUACUUUUGCCCAAACAAAUUCGUUAGUUUCUACUGUCAUGUCAGCAAGCACCACUACUUUGCGCUAUCCAGGAUACAUGAACAAUGAUUUGGUUGGCCUUCUUGCUUCUCUGAUCCCUACUCCUCGCUGUCAUUUUCGAAUGCCGGGAUAUACACCACUCACAGUGGUGCGACAAGUAAGCUUCUUAUGA